AUGUCUCGUCAAUGUUUUGUGUCAUUACUGAUGCCUAGUGGGCAGAGUACCACAUACAACUUGUGUUUCAAUGUUUUUUGACUAACAAUGGGCCACAGUCCACCACAAAACAGUGACCAUUUUUUCAUUAUCUUUUGAAAAAAAACAAAACGCGUAGUUCGAACGGCGACGUAGCGGUAGACAUUUUGUGAACUGUUUGUAAACUAGCAAAGCACGAGCUGAUAACUGUAGAGUAGCCAUUUUUGUGAAUAUGUGAUAUUUGUAAUAUAUUUUUAAACAUGCUUUAUAUGAUAUUCUGUUAUAUAUUCAUAUCAUAUUAAUAUAUAUUAAUUUAAGCCAUUUUUGAAAAUGUAUUUCAGCCAUAAAAAUAACAACUUUAUAUAUCUAUUAUGUAAUGAAUGCAAAUGCAUUACAUGUACUUUUAUUUUGAAAUUAUCAAACGGUGACGCAAUAAGUAUUUUCUAUGAGUUAUUUACUAACGAUCCAAGUUGUUCUGUGUCAUUUCCAAAGUAGGCUACUGAUAAACAGCGGUGUGUCUAUUAGACUGUAAUAACCUAAACUCGAGUGUCUCCCAGCAGUUCAUAACCAGAUAAGCCGAACGAUAAAGUGCAAGAGUUCAAGGGAAAAAGUUGACGACCAUAAAAGCUGAAAAGAGGAAGUAAGCAGUAGGCUAUAAAAAGAACCUGAAUGUCGUGGGCUUUUAGGAUAACAUAGUUCAUGAUUAAUCAAAAGAAAACGUGAAAAGUGAUAAAAAGUAAUAUUUAUGACAAGAUAACAUGUUGUCUAAAUAAACCCCACGGAUGUAAAAUGGCACAUCAAAUGAUGAUAAAGAUCAGCUAUUCACCCCUGAUGAUGUUUGCAUAGAGAAAAGACUAUUGUCAUUGUGUGUGUGUGUGUGUGUGUUUUUUUUUGCACAAUUUACAGCUCAACACGGCAAAUUCCCAGUUGGCAGAUAAACGCAGCCUGUUUACAGCCACUGACAUAACAAGGGACGGCUCAGCUGAUUUGGUUUAGUUGUUAGCAACUGUGCUAAUCUCAGUGACUGGAGCUACUCCUGUCUCAGUGGAAAAAUACAGCAGGGAAGUGGUGUCUACCUUGAACCUUUGUCAGAGCCAAACAGUCUUUCAAGUGCGGCCGCAUGGUGUGGAGCGCAGCGUCUCAGUGAGAGCGACCAGAGCGGCUUUGAUACACACUCUGGCUUUGCUCAUGACUUUUUGUUUGUACGGAGAUCCUGUGGUGCAUCCAGCCGAGAGGAAUACUGAUCACUUUGUUGUUGCUGUAAGCAACUCUCGUGGGAGGGGGCUCAGUGAUGGAGGGGGAAUUCCUGAAAGGAAGCAGCCGCGAAGCGCCGGCUCAAAGCGGCAGCCUGGUGAAGAAGACUCAGCUGCUGGACCGCGGCAAGUGGGCCAACAAGUUGGAGUUCCUGCUGGCCGUGGCAGGGACCCUCGUGGGCUUGGGAAAUCUCUGGCGGUUCCCCUACUUGUGCUAUAAAAACGGGGGAGGGGCCUUUUUGGUUCCAUACGUUCUAUUUCUCCUGGCUUGUGGCAUCCCCAUGUUCCUCCUGGAGACAGCCAUGGGCCAGUAUACAUCUCAGGGAUGCAUUACAUGCUGGAGACACUUCUGCCCUUUGUUUGAAGGGAUUGGCUAUGCAACCCAGGUGGUGAUUGCCUACGCCGCCGUGUCAUACAUCGUCAUCCAGGCCUGGGCCUUUUUCUAUCUCUUCUCGUCAUUCAGUGCCGAGGUUCCGUGGGCCAGCUGCAGGAACCCCUGGAACACAGAAAACUGCGUCGAAUUUGACAAAAAAAACGUGUCAUCCAAUUGGACAGCAGCUGCAAACGCGACCACUCCUGCAACGGAAUUCUGGGAGAGACGAGUUCUGGGUAUUUCCAACGGUAUUGAAGAAAUUGGAAGCCUGAGGUGGGAGCUGGCCUUGUGUCUCUUGUUGGCAUGGAUCUUGUGCUAUUUCUGUGUUUGGAAAGGAGUGAGAUCCACUGGAAAGGUAGUUUACUUCACAGCCACGUUCCCCUAUGUAAUGUUAGUUGUUCUGUUGGCUCGUGGACUCACUUUGCCCGGUGCCAAGGACGGCUUAAUUUUCUACCUCUAUCCUGACCCGACAAGGUUGGUGGACCCUCAAGUUUGGAUGGACGCAGGUGCACAAGUCCUUUUCUCUUUUGGGAUUUGUCAGGGAAGUUUGACCGCUCUGGGAAGUUACAAUGAGUUUAAUAAUAAUUGCUACAAGGACACGUUUGUUCUGUGUUUGGUGAACGGUGGGUCAAGCUUUGUGGCGGGAUUUGCUAUCUUCUCGGUUUUAGGAUUUAUGUCCUAUGAACAGGGGCUGCCGAUAUCUGAAGUGGCUGCUUCUGGGCCUGGCCUGGCAUUUAUUGCAUAUCCACGGGCCGUAGCCAUGAUGCCGCUGCCUCAGUUGUGGGCCAUCUGCUUCUUCAUCAUGGUCAUCCUUCUGGGGGCUGACACACAGUUUGUGAGCUUGGAGUGCCUGAUGACUUCUGUGACAGAUAUGUUCCCGACUGUUUUCCGGAGGGCUUAUCGGCGAGAAUUGCUGCUGCUUUGCCUUUGCGGCGUUUGCUUCUUCCUCGGUCUCCUUCUGGUCACUGAGGGGGGCUUGUAUUUCCUUCAGCUUUUUGACCAUUACGUUUGCAGCGGCAACAACCUUCUCCUGCUUUCAGUGUGUCAGUCCAUAGCAAUUGGAUGGAUAUAUGGUGCAGAUCGUCUGUAUGACAACAUUGAAGACAUGAUAGGAUAUCGUCCGUGGCCGUUAAUGAAGAUUUGCUGGCUUUACAUUACGCCCGCGGUUUGUUUGGGCACCUUCAUCUUCUCUGUGGUGAGAUACAAGCCUCUCAAAUUCAACAAAACCUACGUGUACCCAACUUGGGCCUAUGCUUUGGGCUGGUUCCUCGGGCUCUUCUGCGUCCUGCUGGUACCUCUGUGGAUCCUCUUUAAAGUGACUCAGAUGAAAGGCACGACAUGGCAGAAUCUCAAGCAACUUUGCCGCCCUGAAAACAAUCCCUGCACCAAUGCAAAGCAACCCGAGCAAUACCCGCUGAACCCCAGCAAAGCCCUCGCCCCUGCUGCCAACGACUACAAAGGAAGCGGCGGAGUUGAGAUGGAGGUGCAAGUAUGAGACCAUGAACAUUUUCACCAACGUCUCUAAAGGCCACGCGUGCGUUUGAUGUUCUGGUGCCACCUUAACACAGUCUCCCGUUUAUCAUUUAGUGGUUAUCACGUUUUAAUAGAUUGUAUGCUUCACUUCAAUCAAUGUUUUCAUGUGUCCGUAUGCCAACGACAGAGUGUGUGCAGACACGGGAGUGCUGCUGUAAUGUUCUCAUGAGAAUUGAUCACAAAGUACCAAAGCUGAAGCACUAUAUUACGCUUUUAACCAGACUAUUUUGCUGCAACAUGAGUGUAAGCUCCGUGUGCACAUGCAAACUCCAGCAGUGGCACAUUCCAAAAAUAAAAACAAAAAUGACCUGCUACCACAUACUCAUUUCAUGGACAAUGCUGCAUUGAAAACACUAGAUUCUGCAGCAAAAACAUUUAAUUUUGCCUGUUUUAUGGCAGUUUAUGGCAUUUUUUUCAGGUGACACUUAAAAUGUGUUUCUGCUACUUUCAUUUCAAAAUUCUUGUGAGAACAGGCAUGCUACUGUUAUUCCUUCAAAGACUGGUUUCUCCAGUUGCUGGUUGAGACUCAUAGGAUCCAAGUAUAUUCAGUAUAUUUUGCCUUUGGCAAAACAGAUGUCAAUGUCCGUCCGUCCAUCCAUCCAUUUUCUAUCACUUAGCUGAGAUCGGUUCACGGGGGCAGCAGCCUAAGCAGGGAAGCCCAGACUUCCUCUCCCCGGCCACUUCAUCCAGGUCCUCCCGGUGGAUUCCGAGGCGUUCCCAGCCCACUUGUGAGACAUAGUUUCUCCAUGUCCUGGGCCUUCCUCCAGGACUCCUACCUGUUGGAUGUCCCCUGAACAUCUGGAAGUGGCGUCUGGAAGGCAUCCUGACCAGAUGACUGAGCCACCUCAUCUGGCUCCUCUCAAUGCAGAGGAGAAGCAGUUCUACUCAGAGUUUUCCCAGGAUGACAGUGCUUCUCUCACCUUAUCUCUAACGGAGAGCCCAGCCACGCUACGGAGAAAACUCAUUUCGGUCACUUGUACCCAAAAUCUUGUCCUUUUGGUCACUACCCAAAGCUAAUGACCUAAAGCCUAGGUCACAACCGGAUGCAUGAUUAUUUGUUAUUAUUGAAGGAGUAAGAUCACCACGCACCCAAUGCACAACCUGUAAGUCACACAAACACACAAAAUCCGAGGUUGCUUGGACAUACGGCUGUUGCUUGAUUUGUAAAGCCAACGCACAUAAGCUGUAAGACCAAAGUCUGUCAAACUUGCAAUAAAAGUACUGACCUUGCCUUCCAUGCGGCCUUUUUAUGAUGGUCGCAAAAGGUACGCGUGAGCUGUACGUUGUGCGUACCAACGACAUAAGAUCCGUACAGGAAACACGAUUGGUUCUGCACAUGCGCAAGACCGCAUCACUUCCGCAUCACUUCCUCUACUCGCAACAUUUUAUGACAGAGCUUCUGCGACAUCACGUGCCGUGAAAUGUAUUAUUUUUUUCAAUUUAUGAACAGAAAUGGCUGUGGGCAUCCCUGUAGCUUUGCAUACUCGAGUUUUCAUGCCAUUGAUGCACUCUCGCCAUACAGGCAGCACACGACCGACUUACUCGAUACGCAUGGAGCACAUAAGAAAUAUCUGAACGUGCAUUGGCUGCACAAAUUACAUAUAUGGGGUGAAUGUGUGGCACACGGCACAAAUAACGGAGUCCACAAGUGCGACGUACGAAAAAAUUGACAUUUUACCCAAACCUGACGCCAGCAAAAUGUACAAAAGACAAAGACAGGCAUAAGUUUGUCUUGCAACCUGAAAAAAAUGUAAGCGCCCGUAGAGUUUGUUUGACAUGACAAAGAACCUCUGCAUCUGGUCUGUGGCCAGUCUACAGCUAAAAAAUCAGCACGUCGCAUGCGCACCCUCCAUGCAUAUCUUGCGUUUCUUUUCUGGCCGUAGGAGCCCAAACGACCGGUUGGCUAUUAUGACCUAGGCUAUAGGUAAGGGUAGGAACGUAGAUCGGCUGGCAAAUUGAGAGCUUUGCCUUUUCCAUCCUUCCCUCAUUUGUGAACAAGACCCAGAGGUACUUAAAACGCAGCCACGGAGUUGUGAGUUCCAUCGAUCCAUUACCGCUUAUCCGAGAUUGGGUCACGGUGGCAGCAGCCUAAGACUUCGCACUCCCCGGCCACUUCGUCCAGCUCCUCCCGGCGGAUCCCGAGGCGUUCCCAAGCCAGUUGGGAGACAUAGUCUCUCCAACGUGUCCUGGGUCUUCCCCAAGACCUUUACUGCUCGGACUUGCCCUGAACACCUCCCCAGGGAGGCGUCCGGGAAGCAUCCUGACCAGAUGCCCAAGCCACCACAUCUGGCUCUUCUCAAUGCGGAGGAGUAGCAGUUCUACUCCGAGUUUCUCCCGUAUGACAGUGCUUCUCACCUUAUCUCGAAGGGAGAGCCCAGCCACCCUAUGGAGAAAACUCAUUUCAUCUGCUUGUACCCGCGAUUUUGUCCUUUCGGUCACUACCCAAAGCUCAUGACCAUAGGUGAGUGUAGGAACGUAGAUCGACCGGUGAAUUGAGAGCUUUGCCUUUCGGCUCAGCUCUCUCUUCACCACAACGGACCGAUGUAGAGUCGGCAGCACUACAGACGCUGCACCAAUUCGCCUUUCGAUCUCGCGCUCCAUGCUUCCCGGACUCGUGAACAAGACCCUGAGGUACCUAAACUCCUCCACUUGGGGCAGGAUCUCAUCCCCGACCUGGAAAUGGCACUCCACCCUUUUCUGGACUCGGACUUGGAGGUGCUAAUUUUUAUCCCGGGCAGCUUCACACUCUGCUGCGAACCGAUCCAGUGAGAGUUGAAGGUCACGGCUCGAUGAAGCUAGCAGGACCACAUAAUCUGCAAUAAGCAGAGACUCAAUCCUGCAGCAACCAAACCGGAACCCCUCAACGCCCUGACUGUGCCUAGAAAUUCUGUCCAUAAGAAUAAUGAAAGGAAUCGGUGACAAAGGGCAGCCCUGGCUGAGUCCAACCCUCACUGGAAACGGGUCCAACUUAUUGCCGGCAAUGCGAACCAAACUCUGACACUGGUCAUACAGGUAACGAACAGCCUGAAUUAGCUGGUCCGAUACCCCAUACUCCCGGAGUACUCCCCACAGAAUUCCUUGAGGAACACGGUUGAAUGCCCUUUCCUAGUCCACAAAACACAUGUAGACUGAUUGGGCAUACUCCCUUACACCCUCACCACUGGUGUCCAGAACCCGUUGGUGUUCUGGGAUUACCGCCACGACAGGCACCGACCACUUACGGCCACAGCUCCGAUCAGCUGCCUCGACAAUUGAGGCACGGAAAAUGGCCCAUUCAGACUUGGUGUCCGCCACCUCCCCCGGAACAUGGUCGAAGCGCUCCCGGAGGUAGGAGUCCUUCUGACAGGGGACUCUGCCAGUCGUUCCCAGCAGACCCUCACAAUACGUUUGGGGUUGCCAAGUCUCACCGGCAUCCUCCCCCACUAUCGGAACUUACCACCAGAUGGUGAUUGGCAGCUCCGCCCUUCUCUUCAUCCGAUGAAAUGAUCAAUGUCCAAAACAUAUGGCCGCAAGUCCGAUGAUACGACCACAAAGUCAAUCAUAGAAGUGCGGCCUAGGGUGCCCUGGUGCCAAGUGCACAUGUGCACACCCUUAUGCUUGAACAUAGUGUUUGUUAUCGACAAUCUGUGACAAGCACAGAAGACCAAUACCAACGCACCGCUCGGGUUCAGAUCAGGGGGGCCGUUCCUCCCAAUCACGCCUCUCCAGGUCUCACUGUCUCUGCCAACGUGAGCGUGAAGUCCCCCAGCAGAACAAGGGAAUCCCCUGAGGGAGCACUCUACAGUAUUCCCUCGAGAGACUCCAAAAAGGGUUGGUAUUCUGAACUGCUGUUGGCGCAGCACAAACAACAGUCAGGAGCCGUCCGCCCACCCACUCACUGGUUUAAACUCCAAAUACAGGCCACUAGCCAGGGCGCAACAAGAAUUGCCACCCCUGCCCGUCGCCUCUCACUGCUGGCAACGCCAGAGUGGAACAAAGUCCAUCCUCUCUCGAGAGGACUGGUUCCAGAGCCUUUGCUGUGCGUUGAAGUGAGUCCGACUAUAUCUAGCUGGAACUUCUCAACCUCGUGCACCAGCUCAGGCUCUUUCCCUACCAGAGAGGUGACAUUCCAUGUCCUAAGAGCUAGCUUCUGUAGCUGAGGAUCGCCAAGGUCCCUGCCUUCGGCUGCCACCCAGCUCACUCUGCACCCAACCCUUUGGCCCCUUAUGGGGGACCCCGGCUGGGCCCCAUAGGUGUAGGCCCGGCCACCAGACGCUCACCAUUGUGCCCCUCCUCCAGGGAGUUGUGAGUUGUGAAUAUUAAUAUACUGUUACUUACAGCUAAUUAUACUGUUUAACAAUCAGACGUGUGUAUUUUAAUGAUGAAAAAUCGGACACAUCUAUGCCUAAUAAGUUCUCACAAAUGUUUACUGACUCAACAUAGUGUUAAUGUCUCUGGCUAUAGUCUCACAAUCAAUACAAUACAAUAAAUAAAACACAUAUACUCUCACCUAAUGUUACUAAGUUCUUCUUAAAACAGCUUCUGUUUUGUCUUUUUGUCUUGUUUUCCCACUCCAAGUAAAUGUAUGCUCGCGAUGACUAUAUUAGAAACUGUUUUUUCUCUUUAAUUAUAUUCAUACUCUGAGAUAUUUAUGUGUUUUAUUAUGUACCUGCUGAGUUUAACAAUAUUAAAAUGAUGAACAAAAACACACAUGGGGCACACAUUACAAAGGGCAAUAAUUGGAUGCCUUUUAGUCUAUUAAAAUGUCUUAAAUGAUGCAAAAAUACAGUUCAUGGUUAAUGAAGAGUCAAGCAAACUUCCUGUUGUGUUUUAUUUGUGUGAAAGUAAAAAGUAGAAAUUAUGAGAUACAAACCUUCUUCACUGGAGCCUUCGUCACAUAGCACUCGGCACAUAUGCAGUUUGUAUCUCAUAAUUUCAACUUUUUAUCUCAUAAUUUAACAUUUUUAUCCAAUAAUUAUGACUAUCCUAUCUCAUCAUUUUGACUUUUUAUCUCAUCAUUUUGACCUUUUGUCUCAUAAUUGUGACUUACCAUUGAGAGACUUUUUCUUUCAGUGACGGAAACGGGCUUCCAUAACCAUACCACAAGUACUAAAAAACCCCAACAUUUUGUCGAGAUUAUGUAUACAGUGUUCCCUCGCUGUAUCGCGGUUCACCCUUUGCAGAUUUGCUGUUUCGCUGAAUUUUUUGUGAUUUUGUAUUUUAAGAAGAAUUGCAUUGUGGGAAAUUGAGUGUCUCUCUCUCUCUCUCUCUCUCUCUCUCCCCCUUCUCUCAUCUGUCUGCACCGCCCAUUGUUUUCUGCGUCCUGAUUGGCUGUAAACCAUUGUCAAUCAAUCUCCUUUGUGCUGCCCGGCCGUGUCUCCUGUGUCAUGCUAGCUCGGUUGCUUGCUUGCUAGCUCGUAAAUGAAUCUUCUGUUCGAAGGAGGACUGCAACAGGUGGAGCACUGCAGCAAUAUGUUUUAACAAAGAUGCAAAAAUGCUACAGUACAGCGACCGGUCACAGGAGUUGAGUGACUUAAUAAUUUCUUGUGUCCUGUAGGUUGAUCAUUCAAAUUCAAACUUUUUUGAUAGUGUUUAAACAAGAGAGAAAUGUGAGAAAAUGUUAUUGCCUGUCUGAGGAAUACAAAAAUGAAGUUUGCUACUUCACGGAUUUCACUUAUUGUGGGCUAUUUUGGGAACCCAUGCCCCUCGAUAAACGAGGGAACACUGUACAGUAUGUGUACCCAGAGAUUGCCCCACACAGGCCAGAAUAUAAAAUCACGAUCGGACAAUAUCGGAGCAAGUCAAAAUACAAUGCAAUAAAUAAAUAAAAGAAUACAAUUAUAGAAACAAAUAGACUACAGUUUGUCAUGUUCUGUUAUGGCAGCUGGGACAAAGCUGCAUCUUUACCGUUUUGUCUUGCAUCUUGAGACUAAAAAAAACUUCUUCCGGAGUGGAGAAGGUGAAAAUGGUUGUGUAAGAAACAUCAUUUCUAAUGUGGGAGGCUAUCCGUGCUACCUGUUUAAUGUACAGGCAGGAUGGGAAGAGCUGAGUCUCACCAAUUGGUCGGCUGGACAAUUUGGUUCAGAAAAUUUGUCUUUCAGUGAUAGAUGACUGAACCAACCCAAGAGACCCCAGAGAAGGACAGAACAGAUUAAAGAGCCAUAAAACAUGGUCAUAAUGGCUCUGCCCACAUUAAAAUGAGACAGUUUUCUCAGGCAAUACAAACAUUGGUGAGCCUUCGUACACACUGCAUCACAAUUUCCUUCAAAUCUCAGUUUUUCAUCAUCAUUUCAGUGGCCUGAUGUUAAAUUUGUGUUUUUGUCAUGUGUGGUUUCUUCCUAAAAUCAAUGAUCAUAUCGUUAGUUUUAGAUAUGAUGAGCUGAAGGUAAGACUCAUCACACCACCGUACAAAAUCAUCACUGAUUGAUGCCUGGUCUCAUCCUCAUUAAACAGACGGAUGAUGACUGAAUCAUCUGCAUUUUUAAUGAUGUACUCUUGACACAUGU